AUGGAGGACUCGAGUUACCAGAAGCUCCACCUCGUGCUCGAGUCGCUCGGCAAGGCCGCCGGCGACUGCGACGAGGCCGCCCUCCGCGCGCUCUACACGACGUACAAGGUCGACGUCCGCACCGGCUUCGCGAUCGCAGUCGUCGGCCCUAGCGGCGUCGGCAAGUCGGCGCUCAUCAACCUCAUCACGGGCGCGACGCGCAACGACCCGUUCUUCGCGCCGCUCAACGUGCGCCAACGCGAGUACGCGCCGACGGUCGUCGCGUGGCACGCGCUCAGCCUGAUCGACCUGCCAGAGCUCAAACCCACCGAGGCGCCGGAAGAGUACAUGCGUCAGCACCACCUCUUGCAGAUGGACCUCGUGCUCUUUGUGGGCCACCAUGGCCGCAUCACGGCGUCGGACCGCCACCUUCUCGAGGUGCUUGGCCAGGCUAAGGCCCCCCUCAUGUACAUCAACACUAAGACGGACCUCUCGUGCGCCAACUACCGCCUCGACGAAGACAUUCCCGAGUACAUUAGCGACGCCAAGGUGUUCGAGAUGCUUCGCCGCAUGUGGCUCUCGACGCCGCCGCUCGCGCUCCUCAACUCGCUCAACAUCCCGCUCUGCUGCACCGACACGUCGUCCAAGAAGCCGUCAUCGACCGCGUUUGCCUACGACAACCUCGUCUGCCUCGAGACCAUCGUGCGCUUCCUCAAGCCCCGCUGGCGCAAGCGCACGUGGGACGAGGUCGAGGCCAACGACAAGGAAGUGAUCCCGACGCUCAUGGCGCUCCGGACGUCGUCGCCGCCGCAGCCGCUGCGCAGCAUGUCGGCGCCUGUCGAUGUGGUCAAGCCCAAGCUCCACAUCCACGUUGACCGGAGUUUCCCGAUCGUGACCAAGCCCGCCAACAGUCACAACAGCAACAACAGUCACAACAACACCAACAACGGUAGCAGCAACCACUACUCGCCGCUGCCGUCCAUUCGCCAGAUGCAAACCAUCUCGCCGCUUCUGCCGCCGCCCAUGACGCCCGUGCUGCCGCCGCCCACAUCCAUUGUCUUGCCGUCGCUUCGCGGCUUCCAGCCGUCCAAGGCCGCCCCAUCGUGCUCCGUGUACCCGUCGUCGUCAUCGAUGAAUCCGACGGGCGGCUACUUUUUGCGCCCAACGCUGCCCAUUCACCCCUCUCGAGCAGCAGCUAUGGACGACCACAAGACGGUGACGCACGUCAACCCGGGCAAGUGGACGCAGGACGAAGAUGACCUGUUGCGGCAAGCCGUCGACAAGUACGGUCCCCGCAACUGGAAGGCCAUCGCCAAGCACGUGGGCCGUCGCAACCACGCGCAGUGCCUCCAGCGCUGGCGCAAGGUGCUCUUCCCGGGCCUCCGCCGCGGCAACUGGUCGCACGAAGAAGACUGCCUCCUCCAGGCGCAGAUCGCGACGCUAAGCCAGCAAGGCGGGAAGCUCAACUGGGCGUCCGUCGCCGCGGGGGUUCCGGGGCGCACGGCCAAGCACUGCCAAGAGCGCUGGCGCAACUACCUCAACCCGAGCAUCAAGCGCGGGCCGUUCGACGCUGAGGAGAAGCAAAAGCUCACCGAGCUCUACAACACGUGGGGCAACCAGUGGACACGCAUCUCGGAAGCGAUUCCGGGCCGGUGCCCCGUCGACUGCAAGACCACGUGGCAAAACCUCAACCCGAACUUCAAGCAGAGCGAUCGGCCCGGCCCUGGGCGGCCAAAGCGCUUUGGCACCCUCGCGGACACUGGAUUUAAGUUAUAA